GACAAAGUAUCCUUAUUGAUUGCGUUAACGGUAUUGUUCGUUAUUGAAUACGUUGCUGCCUGUUCAGAUAUCACGUCACGGGCAAGAUGAAGGUGGCUGUAUUGACCCUUUUUAUGACCGCUGUGUCGGCCGCCUCACUCCCUAGCUAUAGAUUUGUCGGAAGAGUCAACCCGGCGACUAAGCAGCUCACAUGGCCGAGCACCGGAGUGGCCUUCACAUUCAAGGGAACUACCGCUAGUAUUAAGAUCGACGGCAUCACCGGGACAUCAAGCGCAGAUUUGAUCAUCGACGGCGGCAGUCCAAUUCUUAUUAAAAAUGUAGAGGGAACUUCGAUCUCGACUCCAAAGCUCACAAAGGGUACCCAUACCGUUGAGCUUCGCAAACGAUCAGAAGCCUCUUUCGGUGUCUUCCGAGUUACCGGCGUCAACACGGAUGGCCAACUGCUCGAGAAUGUGGCGCCAAAGCGCAAAAUUGAGAUCAUUGGCGACUCCAUCACCGUUGGAUACGGCCUUGAUGGCGUUCUGCCUUGUGUCGACUCAGCCGUACUGCAGAACAAUGGCAAAACAUACGGUGCCGUGGCAGCGAGAGCUUUGAAGGCGGACUAUAGUGUCGUCGCCUGGAGCGGCAAGGGCCUUAUCCGCAACUAUGCCCAGAACCCCCCUGAUACUUCACCAACUAUGCCAGUUCUCUACACGCGCUACGGGGCCAACGACGCCGACAACAGUUUCACGUUCCCUAGUUCGUGGGUUCCUGAUGCUGUGGUGAUCAACCUGGGCACAAAUGACUUCAGCUACCUAAACGUGCGCCAGCCAGUCAACCCUGCCGAUCUCACCAAAGCCCUGGUCAAGCUGGUCAAGAGCAUACAGCCACACUAUCCAAAGGCUCAGUUCUUCUUUGUUUCUUCCCCGCUCCUCAGCGAUAGCUACCCCACUGCAACUGAUGCGCAGAAGUCCACACAUGUCAAAGUUCUUAAGGACGCUAUGCAACAGCUGACUGGUGUCAAGACCCAUCUGGUUGAUUGGCCUACUCAGGGUUCUGAUGCAGGAUGUGACUAUCACCCUAAUGCUGCAACGCAAGCCAAGGGCGGCGCACUUCUGGAGGCCUCUAUUAAGUCAGCUCUAGGAUGGUGAGUGCCGAAAGACAGUGGUAAGCGAUUAUGAAAAGGCAAAUUGGUAUCGAGUGAGGUUUCUUUAGCUCCGAGUGAAGUCAGAUAAGAUGAAAGUGAUGGAUGAAUGGAAAGCUACUCACUCUAAUAAAAAACGAUUGGCAUGAUUUUCUUAUUGGCAAUUUCUAGCAAAACUAUAGUAUAUCAGCUCGUAUAACAACUAUUUUCAUAAGCUGAUCAUCUCUCUGCAUAGCCUCGUUUGUGCAUAUUAUCCUUGCAAUAUUUAUC